AUUCUUGUCAUUCUUGACCUUCCCUUCAAACGACAAAAAGCCUCAACCUUCGGAAUCUCGAAACCGGUCCUCGAUUGCUGUUGAUAUUGGUCCCUCCCGUUCUUGUCCUGAAGGAAUGGCUGAGCAAGCUAUGGCAUCCACAAUGUUGCCUGCUCGGCCACCACUCCUCGGUGGGAAUAUUCGACAGGUCCCGGAUGACCUCCCGCCCCCGCCCCCGCCGCCAGUGCUGGGCUCGCCGAACGCUGUCCUGCCGAAAAUCAGCUCAGUCUCGAUACCACUGCGUGCCUUUAGCGCAUCGCAGGACAAUAUCCACAUUUCGCUCGAGAGCUUGGUUGUGGCCGACGAGGAUUUGCCGCCGCCUCCACCGCCGCUGUACGGCAGUGCAUCGCUCGUCCAGUAUGCGCUGCUUCGGAGCUCGCAACCAAAUCUAGCCACGCCUCCAGUCAGCUCGAUGCAGACGCCCAUCUUUCCUGCUGCAAUCACAAAACCACCAUCCACAGAGGUGGACUUUUUGCCCCCACCUCCCAUCAUGACAACCCAAAUCAACUUUCAGAGUGUGUGGUCCCUGAAUUCCGCCUUGUCGUCGUCAACGGCGACGUUGGCAGGGAACGUGGCGCCACUCACUCCGCUCGCCACUCCGACCACUCCGCGAUCUCAUGCGCGGCACAACAGCAGCAGUAGCAUUGCGUCCGGAGCAAGCCUCGUGUCUGGCAACGACAGCGGGUACGGUGACCAAUCUGCGGACGAUGAUGCGGUCAGUCACGGCAGCACCCAGGAGCGGAAGCAGACCGAUGGCAGCAGCACGCCAUCGUCUGCCCUGUCUGCCCGCACCACACCUCUUCCAUUCCAGAGCGACAACUCUAGCAGCGCGAACGAAGAUGACGAUGGUGAUGAUGAUAUCAGUCAUCUGUCCUCCGCCGCACGGACUUCUCGCAGUGCGGCCAAAGCCAGCAAAUUUUUCGGUGUCGAUGCUCCGCCACCAGCGGGCAUUGGUGCCAAAGGCACGGUUGUUUCCCACUCGGCGGCGGGCAGCGAAAAGUCCUCUUUGGCCCGUAACCGGCGUCGAUUGAGCAGCGAGCCGCCUCUGCCCAGCGAGGACUUGCAACAAGUCCCUGUCGCAAAGUCAAGCGGCGGCUUUCUAUCUCGGCUGGGACGCUCCAAAAAUCCCCAGCCAGCGGGGCGAACUCGGUCCCACAUUGACACCAUCAGCAGCAGCAGCAACGGCAACAUCAGCAGCGUGGAUCUGUCGGAGCGGGUGAAGGCUUCACAAAGUGUCGACAGUCUCAUCCUCCCAACAGAGGCCUCGCCGCCAUCUACGCGAAGCAGAACAUUGAGUAGUGUGAGCGCGAUCAGCACUGGGAGCGCGGGCAGUGGAUCGGGAGGCAGCACGCCUGUUGCCACAAUCCAGCCUGGCUCGCCUUCCAAGCAAAUAUUCCACCAUCUGCGACAAUCCUCCAGCUCAAAUUCGGUGGACGGCGACAGUACUACUGAGGAAAAUACUGAUGCCGAUGGCGGUGACGACGACUUCCAUGCAUCACGCCAACGACGCAACUCUGCCAAAGUCAGCAAAUUUUUUGGAGAGGAAGUUGCUGACGCCAAUGCGGCUCCUGCCUCUCCUUCGCCAGCCUCACAGGGACGGAGAAUGAGCGCCGCCGCCGCGUUCGACCACAACACCAAGCCGCGGUCACCCACCCGCACCCUUCUCGUGACUUCGCUGAUGCGCGAAAAGAACAUGGCGCUUGAAAACAGUCGGCGGUCUUCUGAGGAGGCCGCGAUGCUCUCUCACUCGAGGAAAUUGAGCAAAUUCUUUGGAGACAUGCCCAUCCCUACCAACGCCGGUGACGAUCUCAGCAGCUCUAGCAGCACUGGAAUGCCCUCUACUCCUUCAACGGCUGCUGGUACAACGCCUCCCUCGCCUUCUACGCCAGGAGGCACCAUCAGCAAAGGCAGACAUGGCAGCGACGAACGCAUUCUUGUCCUCGUGGAACGCGGCGUUGACGAUCUCGAGCUCAAGUUCCGCAAUCCGCAAACGACAGAAGUGCCAAUCGUCGUUUCGGGCACGCUUCAGCGCAUUGUCGUCCGCGUGACGUACGCGUUGUACGCCGACACCCAAUUGGAAUCCACCGUGUUGCUCACGUACAGCAUGUUUACCACCCCGGAUGCCUUGUUGCAAGCGCUCAUCGCCUGCUACCAGUCCCCGUUCAUUCCCCCGGGCCAGCGCUCUCGUACCCCCGAAGAAUUGCACAAGACUGUGCGCCUCAAAGUGCUCAAAACGCUCAUGACAUGGGUGGAUCGUCGAAAGCUCACCGAUGACAAGCAACUGAGUGCCUAUUUCUGCAAUCCCCUCAAUGCUCCCGUUGGCGCUGUUGGCAGUAUCAUGAGCCUGCAGGGGUCACCCAUCGCGCCGUUCGCAGCUUUCGAAACCUCCUCCCAAACGAUUGUCAAGCAGAUUCACGAUUUCCUGGAGGAAGUUGCUCAUUCUGGUGCUCCCGCAGAACUCACGGCAACUGCCAAACGCAUCGAGAAUCUGCUAGAAACCCAAUACUCGUUCUCAUUCAAACCCAAGGCACGUGGCUUUGUGGAAGAACGCACAGCCGGGUCCGCGGCGAUUCCAACAACUCCAGAAGCAGAUUCUGCUUUGCAUCGAACUUUCCAUGUCGGUGGCGCACCAGACGAAGAUGACAAAAAACGCCGCAAGACCAAGAAUGUACUCGCCCGCACAAGAGGCAUCGCUGAGCAACUUACUCUGAUGGAUUUUGAAAACUUUUCAGCAAUCGGAACCGACGAGCUUUUGAACAAAAACUGGAGUAGCAAACCGCAGCAAGCACCGAAUAUCACUCGAAUGAUUGACUGGUUCAACACGGUCAGCAACUGGGUUGUUGAGAGCAUUCUAUUGACGGAUUCGCAUGAUCAGCGUCUGUUGAUCAUGGAAGACUUUGUGCAAAUCGCUGCUCAUCUGAAAUCCCUCAACAAUUACAAUGGUCUUCUCACAAUUAUGUCCGGCUUGGUGAACGCUGCCAUCAUUCGUCUCAAGCGCACCUGGGAGCGCGUUGCAAAGCCAAUUAUGACCGUGUUCGAGGAUCUGAAGCGCUUCAUUGACUCUUCUGGAAACAGCAAAACCAUGCGUGAGGCGCUGUCUGCCGUAUCGCCACCCUGUGUGCCGUAUCUCGGCAUCUAUCUGUCUGAUUUGACAUUUUUGGACGAUGGCAAUCCAACCUUUGUCAAGAAUGAGGCUGGAGACAAGCUGAUCAAUGUCGCCAAGUUCUCGCACAUUUCGAAAAUUCUCCUCAACGUUCAGCACUUCCAGCAAAAUGGGUAUUCUCUCGCUCGGAACUCUGGAACAACGGAUUUGUUGAAGAGCAUCAACCCCACAAUGUCUGUGGAUCAGUGCUACAAGCAAUCGCUCAAGAUUGAACCUCGUGCUAGCACGACUCUCAAGCCGCAACAGCUCGCGGCCAGCUCGAACGAGCAACUCGACUCGGUUUCCGCUUCAGUCACGAUUUCGGUUUCUACACCCUCCGAGGCUGCUGCUCGAGCGAACAGCUCGCCGAUGCCCGCAGACCAAGCUCCUCCGGCUGUUCUCCGCCCUCGUCGCCGCUCAAUGUCCGACUCGUCUGUCGCUGCUGUCGAUAUGGAUGCCAUCGUCGAGGUGGCUGCGUCCGUCGCAAUCAGUGAUCACCAAAAGUCGCGCAGCGUUCGUCCAGUGUCCAUGCUGGUCUCGUCCUCUUCCUCGGCCAGUCUCAUGGGAGGCGACUCCCAAGGCACCAGCGUCCCACCCAAGGGCGGCAGGAUUAAGAAGGUGCUGACCUGGGGCCGCAGCCGUGGCAAAUACAAGCUUGACGAAGCAAUUUCCGAAGCAACUGAAUCGCAUCAUCUGUCAGAAUCAGAGGACGCCACGCGCAAAAAUGCGCCCUCUUCACGAGAUCGGCCCAGCGUUUCGGCGGUUUUUGCGGCCAACCCGGCGGCAAACGUCACGAGCGCUCUCAAUGCGGAUGCAAUGAACACGACAGCCUCGUCCACCACCAUCUCCCCGAACGCACUUGCAAGCCCGCCAGAGCUCGAGGAGCCCCCAAUUUCCCCUGGUCGGCGUCACACUGAGCCUCCUGUCGAGGCCGUUGCACCGGCUGAAGCCGAAUCCCGCAAGCGAACCAUUUCGCGCCAGGAUGGGUUGCGAGCGCAUGUCCCGCGACGUCGUCGCACCGAUGCAGCCGGUAAGAAUUCGCCCUCGAAUACAAGUUUCGAAAGCCAAGAGGACUUGUCCCAAUCUGCGGAAGCUCCGGAGACGGUGACGAACGCAUGGCUCGACGAUAUUCAGCUGGCCAUCCAGCAUUUGACGGCCAAAGUCCAAGGUCUCAAACAGCUCCGACGUUCUGACGUGCAAUCUCAGGAUGCGUUGGAACGGGCUCAAUUGGAACUGAUGCAUCUCAAGCUGCAACUCAAGACCCUUCAAGAGCCCAGCACGCGUGCCCACCUUCUCGAUGCUCUUCGAAAGUACCGAUCUCUGAACGAUGUCAGCGCGCUCAGCGAUCAGGUUGAGGCCAUUCAGGAAACCGUGAGCAUCAUUCGAGCCGGUCUCGGCGCUCCUCUCGCUUUCUUGUCGUCUGCUGACGCCAAGGAGGAGCCCGUCGUCGUUUCUGAGGGUGCGAGCUCCGGCUUGAUGGGCACGAAGGCGCUCACUCAGUCUGCGCCUAUUGCACAAAGCACAUUCUCUUCUGUCUUUGCCUCCUCGUUUGCUUCGUCCUUUACAAAUGCUACCUCUGUGUCGCUACAUAGUGGAGCCUUGAGGCGCACUACUCGCCGCGGCUCGUACUCUAGCGGUCAGGACGCGAUUGCAAUCGCCCUCCAGCAAAAAUCCGGCAAUCCUAGUCAAUCACGGCGACCUUUGUCGACCAUGGCUCUUGUGGAAGACGAUCAUGAUCAACAUGGCUCGAAAGACGAGAGUCUCGCAUGAUGGACUCGACAUGUCCGACACAUUUGCAUUACACACAUCCUGUUCCUGUUGCUUUUUUUCCCUUGAUUCUCCCUCAUUCAUUACACACCGACUUUUGUUUUGUUUGUUUUUUGCUUUGGUUUUGGUUUUUGCUUUUCGUGUGCUGUUUGGCAACAGUACUACGCUUUUAUUAUUUCUGUUGCUCUCAUACCGUCGUUGUUGAGUUUUGCAGAAUGAAUAAAAAACCAACAAAG